UGAUAGGGAGGUUCCUACUGAGACACCAUGGUAGAAUGAUGGGGAGGUUCAAGUCCCUAGUGAGACACCAUGGGAGAAUGAUGGGGAGGUUCAAGUCCCUAGUGAGACACCAUGGUAAUAUGAUAGGGAGGUUCCUAGUGAGACACCAUGGUAGAAUGAUGGGGAGGUUCAAGUCCCUAGUGAGACACCAUGGUAGUAUGAUGGGGAGGUUCCUAGUGAGACACCAUGGGAGAAUGAUGGGGAGGUUCAAGUCCCUAGUGAGACACCAGGGUAGUAUGAUGGGGAGGUUCCUAGUGAGACACCAUGGGAGAAUGAUGGGGAGGUUCCUAGUGAGACACCAUGGGAGAAUGAUGGGGAAGUUCCUAGUGAGACACCAUGGUAGAAUGGAGGGAUGUAUUAGAAGAGGAAAUGGUAGAAUUAUGAUUUACUGGGAAAGAUAGGUUGAUCUGUGACUGUCUGAAGGGUGGAAUUGAUGAGUGUUGGAAUAAAUGAACACAAAUGUACAGUAUAAAUGUUUGAGAUGGGGAUGGGAUUAUUGUAUGUUUUGCAUUUGACUAUUUAUGUUUUGUGUUUUGGUUUCAUGCUGUGGGAGGUGUGUGCUGGUCCUGGUGAUUAUGGCUGCGCUCGCGUUCAUGCCUAUCCGGGAGUCGGGCUUGGUUCUCCCCGCCCUAUGAAAAUCCUUUUGGGCUCGGCAUCUCGGGGCGGGUGGGGACGAGCGCACCCACUGACCAGAGCGCCCACAGCGGAGCGCGGCAGCGAUGGUAACAACAUCCUCAGCCUCCCGGUACCGAUGCGGCGGGGGGGCUCUGAGUCCAACCUGGUGUCUGACGGGGGCGAGGGGGGCGUGGGCCUGGACUUCACUAAGGGCCGUCUGGCCAUCGACAGCCUGCAGCAGAAGAUACUCAAGGUGACAGAGCAGAUCAAGGUGGAACAGACAGCCAGGGACCAGAACGUGGCAGAGUACCUCAAACUGGUGAACAACGCUGACAAGCAGCAGGUGACACGCAUACGGCAGGUGUUUGAGAAGAAGAACCAGAAGUCUGCCCACAGCAUCGCCCAGCUGCAGAGGAAGCUGGAGCAGUACCAUCGCCGUAUGAAGGAGGAGGCCAACGGGGCCAAGCACCCGCCCAGGGAUUCCCGGGGGGAGGGGGGCAAGGAGGGCCAAAAGGACGGCAGCCUGCGGGACGUCAGCUCGGCCAGCGUGCGCAACCCGGCAAUGGACAAGGUCAAGACCAUCGGCCCCGGGGUCUCCCUCUCGCCCCCCUUCUUCUUCAACAAGUCGCGGGAGUUCGCCAACCUCAUCCGCAACAAGUUCGGCAGUGCCGACAACAUCGCCCACAUGAAGAGCUCCAUGGAGACGGGGGCGGGGCUCCAGGCGGAAGGCGGAGCCGGGGCCCGGGCGCUGAGCGGCAGCGCCACCACGAUUGCUAAGGCCAAGUACCCCAGCGACGAUGAAUGUUCCACGGGGACCUCUGUGUCGGCAGACUCCAACGGGAACCCAGCGGGGGGGUCGGGGUUGGGGUCAGGGGGUGGGCCGGGGAGGUCGGACUCUCAGGGGAGGCUGGGGGAGGUGCUGGAGGAGGUCAGGGAGAUUAGGGAGGCCCAGGCACAGCUGGCCGAGGACAUGGGGUCACUGAAAAGCCAGUUCAAGAGUGACUACAGCUUCAUCACACAGACGCUGCAGGAAGAGAGAUACAGGUUUGAGCGGUUAGAGGACCAGUUAAAUGACCUGACAGAGUUGCACCAGCAUGAGACCAGUAACCUGAAGCAGGAGCUGGCCAGCAUCGAAGAGAAGGUGGCUUACCAGGCCUACGAGAGAGCUAGAGACAUCCAGGAGGCUCUGGAGUCAUGUCAGACGCGUGUCUCUAAGCUGGAGCUCCAGCAGCAGCAGCAGCAGACGGUACAGGUGGAGAACACAGACGUCAAGGUGCUGCUAGGGAGAUGCAUUAACAUCAUGCUGGCCAUCGUCACGGUGAUCCUGGUGUGCGUUUCCACGGCGGCCAAGUUCACCGCGCCCCUCUUGCGGAGCCGCGUGCACCUGGCGCUCACCUGCGUGGGUUUGUCCCUACUGGCGGUCAUCUGGAAGAACUGGGAGCACCUGCAGUGUGCCCUGGAACGCAUGCUCCUCCCACACUAAGCUAGACUCCUCCCAUGUUAAGCUAGGCUCCACCAAGUCUGAGUUUGUCCCCCUCACACUGUGGGUUUGGCACCACCCACACCGAGCUUGGGACUUUGUGACGUUGUCAUAGCGAUAGAUUAAAUGGGGCGGUGUUUACAAUGUAGCCUUACACCCACCACCCUCGUGUCUCUCCCCCUCUCUGUCUUUUGGAGUUUGGGCAGAACUCCUUGAGGGAAAUCGAUGCCAGUGUGCCACUACAGUACAAAUUACAGGAAACCAAGACUGACCAAUCAGAUGGUGGCUACAGAGGAAGCAGGACCAGUCACAUACGGUAUUAUUGCGGACACUGAUCUUUGUGUGGUUGUCAAUCUCAAUAGGACAUUGAACUGCACUAUACAGGUGGUAAGCUUAUGUAUAACCUUUAUAGGGGAAACAAGGGGUCCCCCGAUUGGUUCCCUGUCUUUUGCGGAGUCGUACUUCCGUCACCUAAAUUACACUAACACACUGACAGUAUUAAAAACUCAUUCUCCCAGAAGACCUCUGGCUCUGAUCCAUAAACAGUCUCACUCCCACCCCCCAAGCCACGAUGAUACACAUUCAUCCACACACACACUGAGAGGAAUGUGACUUGUGUGUCUGUGUAUGUACAGGGGGUGGGAGUGUUCUCCAUGUGAGAGUGCUUUGUCUGUGUGUACCUGUACUGUCAAGUGAUGAAAUGUUUUAUAAUUGAAAAAAAAAAUACAAAGGACAAUGUUUGUUUUUUUAAAGUGUAAUAUUUGUCUGGGUGUCCGUGAAGGGUGGUUCAUUUUUUUUUUUUUACAAAGGAAUGGUUAUGAACUGCAGGACUGCCUCUUGUUUCUGUGUACUGGUAUGCGGGUUUAUGGAUAAAUGGUGUCUUAUGUACUUUAUAUAGUCUAUUAACAGAUGCAGUGGAACUGCCACGGGUCUAGGCUAUAAGGGGUGAAUUCACCCCAAGAGUUAUGUGUUCUCUCUCCCAUAGGAAAUACAUAGACUGACCCUUUAGCCGCUAACAUGCUAACUGUGUGAGUGAUAUCCUCUGCCAGUCUUUGAUGGAUCUGGGGGGAGGUAACCUCUGACCUGACACACAAACCUCAUUUGUGAUUCGUCCUUUCAUAUUGAUGAUAAUGUCAUUUUUGUGAAAUAGGAAUUAAGCUCUGUUCAGAGUGGGCUGAACAAAGGAAUUGACCUAUACCAAAUGGUUCAGACAGAUUUGAACACAUUUUAUUUGUUUUCUUUGAAAUGUUUAAAUUUUUCACCUUUUUAUACUGAAGAACAAAAUGAACAUUCUAAAUGCCUUUGAUGCUAUCGUCUGAUUGGACAGAGAUGGGAGGGGUGGGAAGUGAACGAUGCAGCUCUGGCUCUACCCACUCUGUGAGCUACUUAUCACUGUGAUGAUGAUGAUGAUGGGGGCCAGGCCUAAUGCCUUUUCAAUGCAGCUUCUGUGUUAAAUCUGAUAUUUUCUGUGCUUUGGUCCCUGUCUCUUUAAAAAGCCAAAUGUGGGUUGGUUCUAUGUGGCUGGUUGGCACCUUGAGUAGUAUAGUAUGUCAUAUCCUGAACCAUUGAUAUUUACACAGAGUUCCAGCUCUAUCCCAAAUCAUAAAUCUAUCUAUUCUCUGUGUCUGGAGAGAGCCAUAUCCCAGAUUCACAGCCCAGGGACUGUAAUUCCGGUGUCUAGAUUCCGGUAUGUUAUCCCCUCAGAGUAGCAUUGCACAUUGUUGGUUUUAAUCCGGUUGUGGUUUUCCAAAACACACUUUUUAUAAUGAGAACAAAAAUAAAUCCUCUUCCUUUUCUAGAAACGUUAAGUCUUUUAUCAUAGAGCUCUUAUCCUCUGAAGAUUCAUCAGAGUAUUUCUACCCUGAACGGAUUUCCUGAUCCGGUCAUCAAUUAUACUUUAUCUACCAGAGAUCAUGAUGCAAGGAGCGAGGGCUCUGCACAGAAGGUGACGUUAUUAACCUUUUAAUCUGUUUGUCAACAUGUUCUGCGUAGGUUCAUGGCCGCUGGAAGAUGUUUUAGGUUGGGGGUGCUGUUGACAGGGAAGUAUUUUUCUCUGCUCAUACAGUGCUGUCAACAGGAGUAAUAAAUUACACAUUUAAAAAAAAAAAGUGUGUGUGUUUGUGCAUAUACAGUUCAAGUCGGAAGUUUACAUACACCUUAGCCAAAUACAUUUAAUCUCAGUUUCACAAUUCCUGACAUUUAAUCCUAGUAAAAAUUCCCUGUCUUAGGUCAGUUAGGAUCAACACUUUAUUUUAAGAACGUGAAAUGUCAGAAUAAUAGUAGAUGGAAUUAUGUAUUUCAGCUUUUAUUUCUUUCAUCACAUUCCCAGUGGGUCAGAAGUUUACAUACACUCAAUUAGUAUUUGGUAGCAUUGCCUUUAAAUUGUUUAACUAGGGUCAAAUGUUUUGGGUAGCCUUCCACAAGCUUCCCACAAUAAGUUGGGUGAAUUUUGGCCCAAUUCUCCUGACAGAGCUGGUGUAACCGAGUCAGGUUUGUAGGCCUCCUUGCUCGCACACGCUUUUUCAGUUCUGCCCACAAAUGUUCUAUAGGAUUGAGGUCAGGGCUUUGUGAUGGCCACUCCAAUACCUUGAUUUUGUUGUCCUAAAGCCAUUAUGCCACAACUUUGGAAGUGUGCUUGGGGUCAUUGUCCAUUUGGAAGACACAUUUUCGACCAAGCUUUAACUUCCUGACUGAUGUCUUGAUGUUGCUUCAAUAUAUCCACAUUUUUCCUUCCACAUAUGCCAUCUAUUUUGUGAAGUGCACCAGUCCCUCCUGCAGCAAAGAACCACCACAACAUGAUGCUGCCACCCCCGUGCUUCACGGUUGGGAUGGUGUUCUUCGGCUUGCAAGCCUCCCCCUUUUCCCUCCAAACAUAACAAUGGUCAUUAUGGCCAAACAGUUCUAUUUUUGUUUCAUCAGACCAGAGGACAUUUCUCCAAAAAGUACGGUCUUUGUCCCCAUGUGCAGUUGCAAACCGUAGUCUGGCUUUUUUAUGGCGGUUUUAGAGCAGUGGCUUCUUCCUUGCUGAGCGGCCUUUCAGGUUAUGUCGUUAUAGGACUCGUUUUACUGUGGAUAUAGAUAUUUUUGUACCCGCGAGCAGGCCUUUCUAAUCGACCUGGCCGGGGUAUCCUGGAAUGACAUUGACCUCAUCCCGUCAGUAGAUGAUGCUUGGCUAUUCUUUAAAAGUGCCUUCCUCACCAUCUUAAAUAAGCAUGCCCAUUCAAAAAAUUUAGAACUAGGAAUAGAUAUAGUCCUUGGUUCACUCCAGACCUGUCUGCCCUUGACCAGCACAAAAACAUCCUAUGGCGUUCUGCAUUAGCAUCGAACAGCCCCGGUGAUAUGCAACUUUUCAGGGAAGUUAGGAACAAAUAUACACAGGCAGUUAGGAAAGCUAAGGCUAGCUUUUUCAAACAGAAAUUUGCAUCCUGUAGUACUAACUCAAAGUUCUGGGACACUGUAAAGUCCAUGGAGAAUAAGAGCACCUCCUCCCAGCUGCCCACUGCUCUGAGGCUAGGAAACACUGUCACCACUGAUAAAUCCACUAUAAUUGAGAAUUUCAAUAAGCAUUUCUCUACGGCUGGCCAUGCUUUCCACCUAGAUACCCCUACCCCGAUCAACUGCCCGGCACCCUCCACAGCAACCCGCCAAAGCCCCCACCAUUUCUCCUUCACCCAAAUCCAGAUAGCUGAUGUUCUGAAAGAGCGGCAAAAUCUGGACCCCUACAAAUCAGUUGGGCUAGAUAAACUGGACCCUCUAUUUCUAAAAUCAUCUGCCGAAAUUGUUGCAACCCCUAUUACUAGCCUGUUCAACCUCUCUUUCGUGUCGUCUGAGAUUCCCAAAGAUUGGAAAGCUGCCGCGGUCAUCCCCCUCUUCAAAGGGGGAGACACUCUUGACCCAAACUGCUACAGACCUAUAUCUAUCCUACCCUGUCUUUCUAAGGUCUUCGAAAGCCAAGUUAUCAAACAGAUUACCGAUCAUUUCGAAUCCCACCGUACCUUCUCCUCUAUACAAUCUGGUUUCAGAGCUGGUCAUGGGUGCACCUCAGCCACGCUCAAGGUCCUAAACGACAUCAUAACCGCCAUCGAUAAGAGACAUUACUGUGCAGCCGUAUUCAUCGACCUGGCCAAGGCUUUCGACUCUGUCAAUCACCACAUUCUUAUUGGCAGACUCGACAGCCUUGGUUUCUCAAAUUAUUGCCUCGCCUGGUUCACCAACUACUUCUCAGACAGAGUUCAGUGUGUCAAAUCGGAGGGCCUGUUGUCCGGACCUCUGGCAGUCUCUAUGGGGGUGCCACAGGGUUCAAUCCUCAGGCCAACUGUCUUCUCUGUAUACAUCAAUGAUGUCGCUCUUGCUGCUGGUGAUUCUCUGAUACACCUCUACGCAGACGACACCAUUCUGUAUACUUCUGGCCACUGUAUUAACAAAUCUCCAGACGAGCUUCAAUGCCAUACAACUCUCCUUCCGUGGCCUCCAACUGCUCUUAAACGCAAGUAAAACUAAAUACAUGCUAUUCAACCGAUCACUGCCCGCACCUGCUCGCCCGUCCAGCAUCACUACUCUGGACGGCUCUGACUUAGAAUACGUGGACAACUACAAAUACCUAGGUGUCUGGUUAGACUGUAAACUCUCCUUCCAGACUCACAUUAAGCAUCUCCAAUCCAAAAUGAAAUAUAGAAUUGGCUUCCUAUAUCACAACAAAACAUCCUUCACUCAUGCUGCCAAACAUACCCUCGUAAAACUGACCAUCCUACCGAUCCUUAACUUCCGGGAUGUCAUCUAUAAUAUUGCCUCCAACACUCUACUCAACAAACUGGAUGCAGUCUAUCACAGUGCCAUCCGUUUUGUCACCAAAGCCCCAUACACUACCCACCAUUGCGAUCUGUACGCUCUCUCGUUGGCUGGCCCUCGCUUCAUACUCGUCGCCAAACCCACUGGCUACAGGUUAUCUACAAGUCUCUGCUAGGUAAAGCCCCACCUUAUCUCAGCUCGCUGGUCACCAUAGCAGCACCCACUCGUAGCACGCACUCCAGCAGGUAUAUCUCACUGGUCACCCCCAAAGCCAAUUCCUCCUUUGGUUGUCUUUCCUUCCAGUUCUCUGCUGCCAAUGACUGGAACGAACUGCAAAAAUCUCUGAAGCUGGAUACUCAUAUCUCCCUCACUAGUUUUAAGCACCAGCUGUCAAACUACCUGCACCUGUACAUAGCCCAUCUGUAAACAGCCCAUCUAUCUACCUACCUCAUCCCCAUUCUAUAUUUAUUUAUUUAUCUUGCUCCUUUGCACCCCAGUAUCUCUACUUGCACAUUCAUCUUCUGCACAUCUACCAUUCCAGUGUUUUAAUUGCUAUAUUGUAAUUACUUUGCCACCAUGGCCUAUUUAUUGCCUUAACUCCCUUAUCUUACCUCAUUUGCACUCACUGUAUAUAGACUUUUUGUUUUCUUUUUGUUCUACUGUAUUAUUGACUAUGUUUUGUUUAUUCCAUGUGUAACUCUGUGUUGUUGUACGUGUCGAAUUGCUAUGCUUUAUCUUGGCCAGGUCGCAGUUGCAAAUGAGAAGUUCUCAACUAGCCUACCUGGUUAAAUAAAGGUACAAUAAAAAACUGUUUCCCCCAGCAUCUUCACAAGGUC